CGGAGGCGGAUGGACUCUAGUAUCGGUGAUGAAAGCAUCAAGAGUCAACGACGAGAAAAAGUACCCUAUCAACGGAAUGAAUGAAAAGACACUGCUUGCCGACAGAACGGAUGACUGGUCUAGCCUAAGUAAAACUCGACUCAAUCAGAUCCACAAUGCAUACACUGACAGCAUUAUGAGAGUGUACGCCUCCGGAUUCACCAAUCCUUCGAAUGGAGAUACAACAACGGCCCCGCGCACUUACUACAUCAGAAAGCUGAAGAACAACAAGCUCAAUUUCAACGCUUUCCACGCUAUUCGCUACGUUCCGGAGUGGGGAGACAAGAAGAAAAAUGACUAUAAACUGAAUUACUACCGCGAUGGUUUAGUCCACUGCUACGAUCACGUGACUCACGAUUUUAAGGACGCGGGAAAGACAAUGAAUCACUGGGAUAGCCACAUCGUUACAGUUGCCAAUAUCAAGUACACGGUCAGCCGGCAUGGAAUAGUAGGAGACCCGUUCAGCACUUGUGAGUGGUUGUAUCAAUUUAACGCCGGGGCGACAAAAACACAAAUGAAUUGUGCAAUCUAUGCAGAAAGGUAUGCGAAAGUGUGGCUUAAGUGACUUCAUAACGGCAAGACUGGUUGCAGCGCAUGUUUGCUAAAUGGGUUCAUAAUUAUUAGAUGGUCUAUGCCUAAUGGUUGUUGGCACGAAUAACUGGCUGCACUACAAAAAA